UCGCUGGCGGAAAGUGGGGAGAGGUGGAGGGUGCUGCUAAAAAAAAAAAAAAAAAAAAAAAAAAGCCACAACAGCGCUUCAGCGACUCUCGAAGGUCAGCUUGCCAUCCGAGGCAGACGACUCAGAAAGGAACUGCAGCUGCUACCCCGUUGGUGCAGACGAGGCGCCCACACAGGCGGCUAGGGAGGGGCGUGCGGUCAGCAGCCGAGCCAGAACGCGCUCCCAGCUAGGAGCCAUGGCCUGGCCACCUCCCUGCUGGCUGUGUGUUCUGGGGACCUUAGCGGGGCUCUCAGCCUCCCCGGCCCACAGGAGCUGUCCAGAGAAGCACUACGAGACCCAGCAGGGGCUGUGCUGCCCGCUGUGCGAGCCAGGGACGUUCCUGGUGAAGGACUGUGACCAGCACCGAAAGGCGAGUCAGUGCGACCCGUGUCUACCAGGGAUCUCCUUCUCGCCAGCCCACCACGCCCGGCAGCACUGCGAGAGCUGUCGGCACUGCAGCUUCGGUCUCGUUCGCAACUGCACCGUCACCGCUAAUGCCGAGUGUGCCUGUCCCAGAGGCUGGCAGUGCAGGGACAAGGAGUGCACGGCGUGUGACCCUCUCCCAAAGCCCCGGCCGCCCACCCACCCAUCUCAGGCCCCAGCCCCACACCCACAACCCACCCACGUUCCUCAUGCCGGAAAGAUGCCAGAGGCCAGUAGAGUCAGCCACAAGAACCCAGCUGACCUGAAGCAGCUGCCUGUCACGUCUCUCUCUACCAACUGGCCACGUGAGUUUCUCCCUAAUCCUCACCACAGAGAGGUUGCCUACAGGAGGGGCAGGAGGGAAGCCAGCCGGGAAGUCCCCAGGAGUAUAGCCCAAAGGACCCCGUGCAACUGGGACUGCAUCUGCAUCUUUGUGAUCCUGUGCGGAAUGUUCCUUGCGUUCACCUUGAGUGGAGCCCUGUUUCUCCACCGACAAAGACAUGGAUCAAACAGAGAGCGGACACCGGUGGAGCCUGCAGCGCCCUGUCCUUACAGCUGCCCCAGGGAGGAGGAGGGCAGCACCAUCCCCAUCCAGGAGGAUUACCGGAAACCAGAGCCCGCUCCCUACCCGGGCCAGCACUGGGUGGGGAGCCGGGGGUGGUCAAUCCUGCAGUAACGCCCUGGCAUUCGGGCCCACCGACCACGCAGAGAGCCCCGCUCAGGACCACCCGCUCCCCCGGACCCUUUCCUGUGUACACACUUGCCGAGGCGCCGCCUCAAGACGGGCAGUAACAAGGACAAAUAGGGACGACGUGGGAGGCGGGGAGCAGGCGUCCCGGGCGUGUCCUGGCCCAACCCGUUUCGCCCCUGAGCUGUGGGCGGGCUCAGGCUCUGUAGUAAAACACACUUCCAGCUGCGGAAGCCCCACCUACCACAUCAGCAAAAUAAAGUGACACUCUGCGACUGGA